AUGUCUUCAAAUUCAUUUGACCUAAUGUGCAGGACACACGCCGUUGGUUCUGUGAAGCUGUACAGCAUCUUGACCGGUAUCAUGAUAGCUACGUUCCUGAUAUCAUUGGAUGUUUCUAUCAUUGCUACUGCCAUUCCCUCGAUAACGACUCGAUUCCAUGCUACAACAGACAUCGGCUGGUAUGGAGCUACCUAUCCACUCACGAUGUGCGCUCUUCAACCUAUCAGUGGCAAGCUCUCUUCGCUGCUGUCAUUGCGAUGGACAUACCUCUCUUUCUAUGGCAUAUUUCUUCUAGGAUCUCUGAUAUGCGGUGUGGCAAACAGUUCCAAAAUGUUCAUAAUCGGAAGAGCAGUUGCUGGUGCUGGAGGGUCUGGGGUAGUAUCGGGUGGUCUCUCAGUCAUUGCGCUGAUAACUACUCCGGAGCAGCGCCCCUUGUUUACUGGGCUGGUGACAUCUCUCUAUGCUUUGGGGACUGUUGUCGCCCCAAUCAUCGGAGGCGCUCUAGCUGAACAUACCUGGAGGUGGUGUUUUUUCAUCAACCUUCCAGCAGGAGCAGUGACUGUCGUGACGUUGCUUUUGUUUUUUCAUCCUCCUCAAAACACUGGGACACAAGGUGUGUCCUUCUUGAAACAACUUGAUUUGAUCGGAUGCGCUCUCUUCAUACCCUCCGUCAUAAUGGUGAUGUUGGCGUUGCAGUGGGGAGGUGAUGAAUAUUCCUGGAACUCGGCGACCGUGGUCGGACUUUUUGUCGGCUUUGCCGUGACGAUGACAAUCUUCAUCUGCUGGGAGUGCUACAUGGGCGAUGAGGCCAUGGUUCCCGUUGUACUUCUGUGGGGCAGGUCCACAACGCUUAGUAUUGCAUUUGCCUUUUUGUUUCUGGGUUCAUUCGUCAUUCCGGUCUACUAUCUACCGGAAUGGUUUCAGAUCGUCAAGUCAGCAAGCCCUAUCCGCAGCGGAGUCAUGCUUCUACCUUCGGUGUGCACUCAGGUUUUUGGUUCACUUGUCUGUGGAAUUUCAGCCAAACACCUCAGAUAUUACAAUCCGUGGCUCUUCGUUGGCUCUGUCUUUCUCUGCAUCGCCAACGGUCUAUAUACGACAUUCACUGCAUCUUCAUCGUCUGCAUCUUGGAUUGGUUAUGAGAUCUUUCAGGGCCUGGGCUGUGGAUUUGCGGCCCAGAUUCCCUUGCUUACCGUUCAGCUUGUAUUCAAGGACAGACCGCGGUACAUUCCAGUUGGGAUAGCUACUGUUCUUUUCACGCAAUACUUCGGAAGUGCAGUAAUGCAAAGUAUAGGGGGCGCUAUCUUCCAGAACGAGCUGAAGAAGCAGCUACAAGUUCAAGCGUCGUUGGAUCAUAAGCAGAUCGAGAUGCUUUUGAAUGCUGGAACCCUAAGGGUACGGGAAGUUGCUGUGCAAGCAUUUCCGGACCGCUUAGUCGAUAUCAUUAAUGCAUACAAUAAAGCCAUUACGACUGUAUUUUAUCUUCCAAUAGCUGGUAGCGCUCUCGCAUUCAUUCUGGCCGCUGGUAUUCCAUGGGUCAAUACUCGCUCGACUCCGAAAGACGAUGUAGACUGUACAGAGGAAGCUGACCAACUCCAGUCUGACAAGAGUGCCAAUGUGUGA